AUGGAGAAUCAUAUACAUAAGAAUCAAUCAUGGUCAAAUUCAUUUCUUGAGCCAUAUCAAACAUUCAAAAAUCGAUAUGCACUCGAAAUGUUACAUUCGCUUGGUUUCGUAUUUGAUAAUAAAUAUUCAACGAAUACAUCUCUGCAAACAAUGAUGAUUAGUUUAGCCAAACGAGAUGAUAAGAAUUUCUACAAAUUGGCUCUUAUUGCAUAUCAAACUCUUCAAAAAGAUGAAUCAGUUGAUUUAAUGACUAUUUUUAAUGAAAAUGAAUUCGAACAUAGCACACUAGAUUUAUCAAAGCCCGAUGAAGAAACAUUAGAAAACGAUCAACUUCACUAUGAUGUUAGCGUUGUUCAUGUUACUCCGACCUGUACAAAAAUUAUGCCAAUUGAACGAAUUCAAGGUCAUCGUGGACUACGUCAUUCUGCUUUUAAUGAUGUCAAUGACUUCUGUUUGGUAUACUUUAAAUCAGAUAAAGAAGGUGGAUAUGUUAAUUCGAAUCCAUAUUAUGAAAUGGUAUUGAAAUCGGGUAUUCUUUUAUGUAAUAUACGCUACCAUUUAUUUGGUGCAUCUAAUUCACAACUUCGAGAACACAGUUAUUGGUUUAUAAAAGCGAAUUCAUAUAAAGAAGUCGAUGAUAAACGAGCACAAUUAGGUGAUUUUAGUGAAAUUACUAAUGUGGGAAAAUAUUUAGCGCGUUUCGGUCUUUGGUUUAAUUUCGAUCAACGAAUUCAAAAUGGUGAUUACUGUGUUAAAAUGAUUGGUGAUAUUGAACGUAAUGGUUAUUGUUUUACAGAUGGAAAUGGCUUUAUAUCAAAAGGUUUAGCAAAACUUGUUGCCAAAAAUCUUGAUUAUCCCAUUGAAAAUAUCGAACUUGAUAUUUAUCCAUCUGCUUAUCAAAUUCGAAUGGCCGGUUGUAAAGGUCUUGUCGUUGUUGAGCCACAGUCCACAUUGGAUCAAUUCUAUAUCAAAAUUCGUCCAUCAAUGAAAAAAUUCAAAUCGAAUGACUGGACUUUGGAGAUUUGUGAAGCUAGUCAACCAAUUCCAACUCGGCUUAAUAACCAAGUUAUUAUGAUUAUGUCCGAUCAUGGUGUACCUGAUAAAAAGUUUCUUGAUCUACAAUAUAAAUGGUUUCGAGACGAAAAAAAGUCACCGGAUAAUUCUCAAGAUCUUUUGAAAAAUAAGAUACCAAUGCCGGUAAAUGAAUGUCGCUAUAUGUUUGGCUGUGCAAUCGAAUCUAGUCUUGAACCAGGAAAAUGCUUUAUCCGAUAUCAAGUUGUUGAUGAUGACGGGCAACCACUUAAAAAUCCUCGAUUUGAAACUGUUGUUGGACGUGUUAUUGUGACGAAGAACCCUUGUCUUCAUGCUGGAGAUAUGCUUGAACUAGAAGCUGUCGAUAAUCAUGAACUUUAUUGUCUAACCGAUGUUAUCGUCUUUUCCACUAAAGAUGACAGACCUGAUCCAAAUAAAAUUUCCGGAUCUGAUCUUGACGGCGAUCAUUAUUUCGUUUAUUGGGGUCAGGAUUUGAAACUAUCUCGAAAAGUUGACCCACUUGAUUAUACACCGUUUGUUUCACAAUGUCCUCCAAAAUCGUCGCCAAUAACUCAUACGGAUAUUUUACGGCAUUGUUAUUCAUUAUUCAAUGCUAUAACUUGCGGUGAAAUCUAUAAUUUACAUGCUACUGUCGUUGACAAAAAUCUCGAAAAUUGUAAACAAAUUACAUGUCAAAAAUUGGCUGUCGAACUUGCAAACAUGUUUUCAGCUGCUAUCGAUUCUUCUAAAACGGGUUAUGUCGCUGAUAGAAAACGCAUUAAUCAAAUUCGUAAACUAGUGGGCAAAUUAUAUCCAGAUUUUUUGAUGAAGAAUAAUUCAUAUGAAUCUCAAUCUAUUCUCGGUAAACUCUAUCGACUAGCGCUCGAAUACAAGAAUAAAAAUUCAGAUAAAUUUCGAAAUCAAGAGAACAUUUUAAACAAGAAUACUUAUGGCAAUUUUCGAAUGAGGAAUAUUGAUUCAUAUUUAGAAUUAGAUUCUAGAUUGGCCAUCAAUCCACAUAUUAUCUGUCGAGAUUUCACAACUUCGUAUUCUCUGAAAGCGUCUGAUAAAAGUACACCAGCAAUAUGGAUUUCAAUUUAUCAAAAGAAAUAUAAAAAUAUUAGACCACUCGAAAAAUGUAAAACAGUAACUCAAAAUAGUCAUAUUGUAUGGUUUAAUGCCGCACUCACAGUACUACUUUCAUAUUCUUGUGCUAUGCUUCUGUUCAUUGUGUUUUGGUUUCUAUUCUCGAGGCCUUGA